CGCCCCGCGUGGGGCGACGGAAGUGACGUGACCCUCACGCCCUGGGCGUGAUGGAGCAGCAGCAGCAGCAGCUGAGAAACUUGCGAGACUUCCUGUUGGUCUACAAUCGGAUGACAGAGCUGUGCUUCCAGCGCUGUGUGCCCAGCCUGCACCACCGAACUCUGGACACUGAGGAGGAGGCCUGUCUGCACAGCUGUGCUGGAAAACUCAUCCAUUCUAAUCACCGCCUCAUGGCUGCUUACGUCCACCUCAUGCCCGCCCUAGUCCAGCGCCGCAUCGCGGACUAUGAGGCUGCCUCGGCCGUGCCAGGUGUCCCAGCAGAACAGCCCAGAGACUCGCCAUCAGGCAGCUAGCCUUCCUGGCCCUAGGAGAGAAGGUUGAAGUGACACUAUGUAUUCACAUGCAAAUCUGAUGUUAUCUUAAGACCUGAAGUUUAGGAGAGAUGGGCUACAAUAAGGCUGUAAAGUGAAUAAAAAAAAUAAAGGAAAGAAAGAGACUUCUUUCCAGGAGUCAUAACUGA